AAGAUGGGAUCUCGAGUUUUUAACUAUUUUGGUUCUGUUUUGCUGUCUUUUUAUGAUAUUCAUAAUAAUAGGAAAAUCUUAGAAAUUGGAAGUUCUUUUUGACAAAGUAUAAUUAUAAAAACAUGCAUAUAAGGUUGCCAAUAGGACGCUUCAAAGCUAGAUUUGACGUUGUGUUUUCAAACUUGGUUAUUAUAUGGAUACCAGUGCUGGCCCAAGCUUGUACCCUUUGCACCGCUGCAAAACUCUUCACUUGGUGAGGCAUGCUCAGGGGAUCCACAAUGUAGAUGGGGAUAAGAACUAUAAAGCAUACAUGUCACCAGAAUAUUUUGAUGCACAAAUUACUCCUCUCGGCUGGAAACAGGUGGAUAAUUUGCGCAAGCAUGUCCAUGAAAGUGGCCUCACUAAGAGGAUUGAUUUAGUGAUUGCAUCCCCUUUGCUAAGGACAUUGCAAACAGCUGUUGGGGUUUUUGGUGGUGAAGGUUAUACGGAUAGGAUGGAUGUAGUGCCACUUAUGGUGGCAAAUGCAGGAAAUAGUGGGCGAGCUGCAAUUUCAAGUCUAAACUGCCCGCCAAUCGUUGCAGUAGAACUUUGUCGAGAACAUUUGGGAGUCCAUCCUUGUGAUAAGAGAAGAAAUAUCAGUGACUAUCAGUUUCUUUUUCCUGCAGUUGAUUUCUCUCUGAUAGAAAGUGAUGAGGACAUGUGGUGGAAGGCUGACAUUAGGGAGACAAAAGAGGAACUCACGGCCAGGGGGUUGAAGUUCCUGAACUGGUUGUGGACACGGAAAGAGAAGGAGAUAGCUAUUGUUACCCAUAGUGGGUUCUUGUUUCAUACGUUAAGUGCACUUGGAAAUGACUGUCACCCAUUGGUGAAGAAAGAAAUCUGCAAACACUUUGCAAAUUGUGAGCUUCGUUCUAUGGUCAUUGUUGACAGAAGUAUGGUUGGAUUUGACCCUUCGACAACUAAUUAUCCUGGAAAGAUUCCAUCAGGAUUGGAUCUCCCAAGUGAUGUUGUCGAUGAGAAGGCUGAAGAAAGGAGUUGAUACAUUUCUGUCUAAACAUUAUGUUUCAUGCUUGUGAUUUAGCAAUACCAUUGUCAGAAACUCAUAAUUAGGUAUGGCUUAUUCUACUACAUUAUUUCAAGAUUCGCUUCCGAUGGUGAUUUUGGCAUGUGGAUGAGGAAAUUCAACAUCGUACUUAAGAUACAAUGGAUUGUAAGAAAUUUGUUAAGAACCUGCUGUUGGAAUUCCUAUGGUUUGCAAAGAAGGGAGGUUACAGGGCCCUCUAGUCUCAACCA